AUGUUUCAUGGUGGUGUUUUAGAUAAUACAAGAGGAUUAUCAGACAACGAUAUUUUAGAGAUGGAUAAAAUUUUGGGUGAAAACCAUAAAAUUAACUCACCAUUAACAAAAGAAGAAACUAAAACAGAGUUAGCUAAUAUUAUUAGAAAAAGAAACCCAAAUUACACACAUCCAUGUGUUUCUGAUACUUUAUAUUACCAAUAUUUUAAUCACGAUAAUAACAUUAGACUUUUAAAAGGAUCAAUACGUACGGAUGCCCGAACGAACGUCAAUAGUGAACAGGUGGUACAAUGGCCAAAGGAUCAACAGGAUUUUCUAAUUAAAAAUAAGGUACCGUUGGAAAGGAUAUGGAAUUUGGACGAAACAGCAAUAAAACUUGAUGAAACUGCAGUUAAGGUAAAAG